GUAUUAAUAGUUGCCAAUACGCAAUUAUUCUCGAACGACGUCGGCAAACGCGAAGUGCAUCUGGGCAGAGUGGGAAAAUAGCUUCGCGAAAUGCGACAUAAAUUUCGCAGGUGAACUCGCGCUCAGAAUGUGACCCGGCCGAAAUAGAUCCGGUGGGCAGAAACGGCGAAACCGUUAACGAUUCCGUACAUUUCGACGAACACCUCUCACAAUCUAACCGUACCGAAUUAAAAUUUUUUUUUUCGACUCCGUGGCAAUUUCCCAAAAGGACAUUUACUCUGGAGGAUUCGGUGUAGUCGUAUCUGAUCAUAUUUGACAACGACGUUUUAAUGACAGGUGUUUUUAGGAAGAAAUUAUUUAACCAUAAAAAUUAACCAUGUCUGUUAAUAAAGUCCAAUUAUACCUUUACGAUUUAUCAAGGGGCAUGGCCUCCACCCUCUCACCAAUGAUUAUAGGUAAAAGAAUAGAUGGAAUUUGGCACACUUCAAUCGUUGUUUAUGAAAGGGAAUAUUUUUUUGGCUCCGGUGGAAUUGAAAGUUGUAACCCAGGCUCCACAGCUUUGGGGGAACCAUUAGAAAGGAUUUAUUUAGGCGAAACGGAAAUACCACACGGAAUUUUCCUCGAUUAUUUAAACGGAUUAAGUAGCAGCACCUUUGCUGGUCACACUUAUCACAUAAUAAAACACAAUUGCAACGUAUUUUCGAACGAAGUAGCCCAAUUUUUGUGCAACUCUGGUAUUCCAAAGCACAUUUUAGAUUUACCCAACGAAAUCUUGCAAUCUAGGCUUUCUGAGGUUAUUCAGGAUUUUAUUGGCAAAUUAGAAGAAAGUGCCAGACCUGUUUCUGAGGAGGAUCCUGGCCCUAUUAUUGCAAACAGGCAGACUAGCCCCGAUUUUGACGCUUUAAAUUCAGAAGUUGAAGCUACAAGGUACAAUUCGUUCAUUCUUCAAGAGAGACGCAAAACGUUAGCCGAGAAGCUCGCUAAAAAGGAGCGGAAACGCGAGAAGAAACGGAAAAAGUUGUUGAAACAAGGCGAAAAGCUUCCUCCGGAAUUAGAGGUUCAUACUUUUGUAGAAGAAAUGGCGGAUACCGAAGCUGUUAACGGAAGCGGGGUUGAGCAACAAUUACCGUCUGAGAGAGCGAUGGAGCUUGAAGAAGAAGAACGGCAACAAGAGGAGGAACGGAAGAAAGCUCGAGAACCCCCAAUCGUUUUUAAAGACGUUUUAGACAUAAACGUCGAAUUUGACGCAUUAGUUGGGCUAAUCGAUGGAAAAUUAACUCCAGAAGAACAAACGUCAUUAGAAGAACUUCAUAAAUACAUGUUAGAAAACGAAGGGAGUUGGGCUUUAGGAGAUGGUUUCUUAAACUUCGUUGGAAGGCUUUUAAAUGAUAAAGACCUCCCAAAAGAAGUCAAAGUUCGUACAUUAAACGUUUUAGCUUUGGCUGCAUUAAAAGAUGACGUGAUUUUGCUUCUUCACCAAGAUCGCAGAGAUCAUAUCAUGAUGAAUUAUGCUUAUGACAUCGAUAGGAUUUCCCCUGAAGAGCAAGAAGCUUUAGCGUUAUUUAUUUGUAAUAUGUUCGAGAAUUUGAGCUCUUCUGAGUGGUUGAUGUACAUUUCUGAAUGGACUUAUAACAAUCAACAAAUAAGUAAUAUUCGGGUAACCACAAAAGUUGCUGUUCACUCGCUUUUAUCGGACCGUGAGGUUUUGCAAGAUCGUGGAACCGUGAUUAUCCAUAAUUUAGCUUGCAAGGAGGUAAAAACUGUGGUUUUUGAUGAUGUAGCCGUCGAAUUAACGAUGGCUUUGUUGCAAUAUUUCAAUUCAAAACCCAACGAAGAAAAUUUAUUCCGUUGCAUGAAAGCUCUGAGUAAAUUCGUUGAGGUUUCUCGUCAAGAAGUUCCCCAAUUAAUCCAAAUGAUCGGCCCAGAUCCUAAAACUUUUAAGGGGCAAAGUCCGAGAGUUGAUGAGCUUAUCGACUUAAUCACCACGAAAAUUCAGUAUAACACGUUAUUAAUUGGUUGGAAAACGUUUGAUUUUGACGAUGAAAAUCCAAAAGAAACUACUAAAAGAACUCUAAAUAAAAGCACCCCACUUAAAGAACCCCCAAAGCCAAUUAAAGAGCAUAAAUUUGAAGCUUUAAUAACCCCAAAACUAAUUGAAGACUUGGCGGUUCAUAGUAAAAAAAUAAAUGAGGUUAGAUCUUGGUUAGAAAGGAAUGUUCUCCGGGUAAAAUCCAAGCGAAAUGGGUCAAUUCUUUUAAUAACCGGUCCGACUGGUUGUGGGAAAACGAUAACUCUAAAUGUUUUAUGUAAAAUAAUGAAUAUUGAUGUGUCGGAGUGGAUAAACCCGAUCGAUAAAGAUUACGAGGACUUCAAAGGCCCAGGUCAAACAUCGCAAUUAAUUCAUUUUUUAUCAGAGUCGAAAUAUCCUUCGUUAUUAACUUUAAACACAACGAAACUCGUUUUGAUUGAGGAUUUUCCAAAUUCUGUUAUAAAUAAUCCGGAUGAUUUCUCAAAAAUAUUGCAGAAAGCUUAUAACACCGAAAUAGCCGUUGUGUUUAUUUGCACAGAUGAAACUAGCAGCAUCAUUAAUUUAUCACAAAAAUUAUUUCCUCAAGAUCUUAGGAAUUUGUAUCAAAUAACAGAAAUUAGUUUCAAUUCUUGCUCAUCAACUCAAUUAAAACAGUGUUUAAAACGCGUCCAAACCAUCAUAGAAUCCUCCACAGAUUUAAACCCACCCCCAAAAACGCAAAACGAAGUCCUAAUGAGUAACAUAAUUCUUUCCUCAAUGGGUGAUAUUCGCUGUGCUAUUAAUCAGUAUUAUUUUGCCUGCUUAAAAAGCUCCAACGUUUCGUUAAAUUCACCUAUUUUAAAACCGAACGCUAAAAGGAAACGAUCCGAAAAGAAUUCUACCCUAAAAAAUCCAAAACACAUCAAAGAAAUGAUGAAAGAUGAAACUUUGAAUUUUUUUCAUAGUUUAGGGCGCGUCCUCAAUUCGAAACGAGUUGAAAGUGGGUCUUCGUGGCGACUUAAAGCGGAUAUAAAUAAUUUAAUUGAUGCUUUGAGUAUCCAACCAAGUACUUUUAACGCUUUUUUAUACGAAAAUUAUUUAAAAUAUUUCGGGGAUUUAAACGAUGUUUCAAAAGCGGCCGAUUCUUUGAGUGCCGCUCAAAUUGUUUUGGGGAAGUGGACGGAGAAUCAAGAAAAUUUGAUUUAUGGGUUAUGGAUUUCCGUUUUGGGGGUUAUGGUUAAUAAUGAACAUCGGGUUUCUAUGUGGACACCGAUUAAUGCACCAAAAAAGUUUACGAAAACGUUAAAGUGUCAAGUUGAUGAGAUAAACGUUGAAGAUAGAUUUUAUGUUAUGAUUGUUAAUAUGACAUGGGUUGAGGGGAGGUGCUUAAUAAUGGGGAAAGAUGAUGUGCAAAGUGAAAAUGAAAAGAUUGAGGUUAAGAAAGUUAAGAAAAAGCCGAGGAAAUCGAAGAAAAAUCGGAAAAGUGAUCCCGUUGUGAAUGAUAUUUCGAGUUUGUUAUCGAGUACUUUAUGUUUGGUUAGCCCUAAUGGGAGUUUUAAUACAGAAAAGCACGAAAUUUCGAAUCAAAAUGUUUCUGUUAAUAAUAUGAAGCGAAAAAGGAGGUCUAAAUCUUUAAAUAGAAAUGUUAGUUCGAGUUCUUUAGAUAAUUUCGUUGUGAGAAUUUCGAGAAAAUCAGAGGAGUUGAAAGAAAAUCCUCGAUUGGAAGAUGAUUUUGAGGUUAAGGAAAAUGAGAAAAUUGAGAAAUCAAAAUUGAAUGUUUUUGAAUUAAUGAUGGAUAAACGAAAUAAAGUUGAGGAUAUAACAGGAAAAGAAAAUGAUUUAAAAAUAAAAGAGAAAAAAAUUGGUAAAAAAAGGAAAAAAGAAGAGUUAGAAUGUGAUUUAAAAGCAAAUGAAAGAACAAAGAGGUUAAAAAAAGUUGCAUCAGAAGAUAAUGUUUCAUUAAUUUGUGUAAGUGAUGAAAAUGAGGAUGAAAAAUAUGGGGAAGAAGAUAUAAUAAAAAUAAAGAUGUUUUCACCACAAGUUUUUAAACGGAAAAGAAAUAAUCAUAAUGGAAAUGAUGCAAAGAGUAAUUUAAAAGUGGAUGAAGCACCAAAGAAUUUAUUAACUUACUUUGAAAACUCAAAUGAUUCAACUGAUUCAGAUACAUUUAUUUUAAGGCGAAGUAAUCGAAAAAGAACAGUUAGGAAAUUAGAUGAAUUUGAUGGUGAAGAGACGAAUGAUUUUAUAAUCAAUGUUAAUGAAGAGAUUAAAAAAAAGAAACCUACAAAGGUUGCACCAAUCUUUUUGUUAUCAACACCAAAACCAAAAUUAGAUCCCAAAGCUUUAGAAGCCAAAAAAAAGUUUUUAAGCAGUGGAAUUCCUGAGAGUUUAAAAAAAGUAAUUGAAAAAGAAAAAAUUUACGAAUUAGAAUUUGAUGUAUUCCCAAAAAUAAGUCACAUUCAACAAAAAACCGAAUACAACAAAAUAAAUUUUUGGAAUUUACCCCAACCUAACUUAAAUUUAAAUCUAAAACAUUCACCAUUAAAAAAUAAAAAUCUAGUAUUAUCGAAAUCAUUUAUUAAUUUAGAACAAAAUAAAAUUGAAAUUAAUUUAAACUCACCAAAAAAAAUAUCAAAUUUGAAAGGGAUUUUGCAAAAAAUUAAAGAUAAUAACCCAAUUUACCCCGUUUUUAAAAGCUUUCGAAUUUUAAACGAAAAAACGAAACUAUUUGAGAAAAAAUUAACGAAAAAGAAAGGAAGAAAAAGCAAGGAAUUAAAUACAAACGAAAAUUUAUCAAUUAAACACGAGAUGUGGACAGAAAAGUACAAACCAAACUCGCACGAAGAAAUUUUAGGCAACAACAAAAAAGUGUUGGAGCUAAAAAAGUGGUUGGAGAGUUGGGUUGAGUACAUAAACGAUUCUCAAAGUUUUAAUAAAAUAGACGAUGACUUUUAUACGGAUAGUAAUAGUAAUAAUAGUAAUUUUGCGAACUUAACUAACGCUAUUAUUGUUACUGGACCAUUUGGAAGUGGGAAAACGAUGACUAUUUAUGCGCUUUGUAACGAAUUGAGGGUUAAUGUUAUCGAAUUAAACGCUUCAUCACGAAGAACUGGUAAACUUCUUCUCCAAGAAAUUCAAGAAGCAACUCAAUCGCAUCAAGUUCGCAAAAUCGAACCAUUUUUAACAAAAAAAUCAUCAAACUCCGAUAAUAAAAAGCUUUGUUUAAUAUUAAUCGAAGAUUUAGAUAUAAUUUUCGAUCAAGAUGAAGGAUUUUUAAACGCUUUAAAUCAAUUGUUAUUAACAACGAAGCGUCCCAUCGUGAUUACAACAACCGAUAUUAACACAAAUAUCGUACAAAAAUUCGUUAAUCAAUACCCGAUUGUGACAUUUUCCGGGUUUUCUGUAACCGUUUUAGGGGUUUGGCUCCAAAUUGUUUGUUUGUUUGAAGGGGUUGUGGUGGAUUUGGAAGAUUUAGGGAAGGUUUUGGAGUUUUUUAACGGAGAUGUGCGAAAAACUUUAAUUCAAUUACAAUUUUUUAUUCAAAGUGGGGGUAGUUUGUUUAAAAAUUUAAGAGAAAAGUGUAGCUAUGACUUAAUAAAAAAUGAUACAAGUCGUGUUUUAAAUGAAAAAGAUGAUGAAAAUUAUUUGUGUUCGCUCGAGUCGAAAGGUGUCGAUGAAAAAGUUUUUAUCCAUAAAGAUUUUAUUUAUAACUUUUUAAAUCGAAAUUGUUUAGUUUACGAUUUUAACUUAGAUAAAAUUUGGUGGAAUUUGCCGAUAAUUUUAAAUGAAGAAGCCGAUUUAAAACAAUGUGAACGCGUUAAUGAAGUUUUAAGUUUUAUUGAUGUUUUUUAUCGAAAAUCGAAUUCACCUCAACAUUUUUCUUACAUUAAAGAUAAUAUUUCGUUAAUCGAAAACUUUCAUUCUUACCAAAACAACGAACUUAUCAAAGACUUUUCAAACACUUUAUUAAAACACUCGAUUAAUUUUUAUAACGAAGUGGGAAAAUUCGAAUUUGAUAAACCAACUUUAGGACAAAAACGCUGGUUAAAAAAACAUCGAGAUUGCAGCAAAACCUUUUCUCACUUUGCUCCUUUUACUUAUCACACUGAUAAAAGGAGUUUUGCCUUGGAUUAUUACCCGAAUUUGAGAGCAAUUAGUAGAUCGGAGAAACAUCGAGCCUCUAUUAAUGUUAAACGGAGAAACCGGUUUUAUAAUUACUUUAAAUCUUUAGAUUUUACUUGCACUGAAUCAACGACUGACACUGUUUGUAAAAUAUUUUCGAUCGAAAACGAUUAAUUUGAUGAAAUAUAUUGUAUAUUAUGUGAA